CCCUUAUUUUAAACUGUAUGCUCGCUGUCAGAGAAGUGUCUGCUUUCACUCUGCUUCAUAUAGAAUCAGCAGAAAGCCGCCGCUCGGCUCUUCCAGUGACUUUGGUAACUUUAGUCGGGGCGGAGCAUUUCCAGCUGGUUUCCGUUAUAAGAGGCAACACAGCCAUUUUCCCCAAAUAACUCUAACGACCGCUGUUUUUAAAUACCACAACCUCAGUCACCCCAACCACUCACAACUUUAAAAGACAGCUUACAUCUGUCGGUAAAGGUAGAAAGUGUGUGUGAGCUGAUGUGAAUGUGAAUUCAGCAGCAUGGAUCAGUGUGAGGACAGAGAGGAGGGAGUCCCUCCCUCUAAAACCAUUCUGUGUGGGGAACAUGAGAGCCAGACCACAGCUCAGAGGAACCAACCUGGACCUGAACCCAGCUGUGUGUCCUCAAAGAGUGAUGCCUCAGUUGAACGCCACAUUGAAUUUAAACAACAACCCUCUGCUGCAGGGAGAAAUACAGUUAGGACUACAGCUGGAUCUGACCCCAGUCCUGAACCUAGCAAUGUGUCCUUGAAGAGCACUGCCUCGGCUGAACGGGUCAUUGAAUUUAAAGGACAGCCCUGUACUGCGGAGAGUGUCACCAGGUCUGUCCCGCAGGAUAAAAAACACCUGGACUCCAUAUUUAAGCUGUUGGAGGAGAACCUCAAUGCUUUUGUGAAGAAUGAACUGAAAAAGAUCCAGAAGGUUCUGAGUCCAGAUUACAUAAAGAGUCAGGCAGAGGAGUUGUUGCAGGGUGACCAUGAGAUGGAGAGGAAGAGCAGCAGCGAGGCAUUUCUUCGGAUCACAGCGAACUUCCUGAGAAUAAUGAAGCAGGAGGUGCUGGCUCAACGUCUGGAGAAUAGAUUCCCCAUCAUGUGUCAGAAUAAACUUAAAUCUAACCUGAAAAAGAAGUUCCAGUGUGUGUUUGAGGGAAUUGCUAAAGCCGGAAACCCAACCCUUCUGAAUCAGAUCUACACAGAGCUCUACAUCACAGAGGGAGGGACUGCAGAGGUCAACCAAGAACAUGAGAUUAGACAGAUUGAAACAGCAUCCAGGAAAUCAGACAGACCAGAAACAACAAUUAGACAAAAAGACCUCUUCCAGACAUCUGGAAGAGAUAAGCCAAUCAGAACGGUCCUGACAAAGGGAGUGGCUGGCAUUGGAAAAACAUUCUUAACGCAGAAGUACAUACUAGAUUGGGCUGCUGAAAAAGCCAACCAGGACAUCCAAUUCAUGUUUCCAUUCACUUUCAGAGAGCUGAAUUUGUUGAAAGAGAAAAAGUUCAGCCUGGUGGAACUUGUUCAUCACUUCUUUACUGAAACCAAAGAAGCAGGAAUUUGCAGCUUUGAAGACUUCCAGGUUCUGUUUAUCUUUGAUGGUCUGGAUGAGUGUCGACUUCCUCUAGACUUCCACUACACAGAGACCCUGACUGAUGUUACAGAGCCCACUGCAGUGGGUGUGCUGCUCACAAACCUCAUCAGAGGUAAGCUGGUUCCAUCUGCUCGAAUCUGGAUAACCACACGACCUGCAGCAGCCAAUCAGAUCUAUCCUGAGUGUAUUGACAUGGUGACAGAGGUUAGAGGGUUCACUGAACAACAGAAGGAGGAGUACUUCAAGAAGAGAUUCAGAGAAGAACAGGCCAGCAGGAUCAUCUCCCAUAUCAAGACAUCACGAAGCCUCCACAUCAUGUGCCACAUCCCAGUCUUCUGCUGGAUCACUGCUACAGUUGUGGAGGAUGUGCUGAAAACCAAAAAGAGGAGAGAGUUGCCUAAGAACUUGACUGAGAUGUACAUCCACUUCCUGGUGGUUCAGGCCAAAGUGAAGAAGGUCAAGUAUGAUGGAGGAUUUGAGACAGAUCCACACUGGAGUCCAGAGAGCAGGAAGAUGAUUGAGUCUUUGGGAAAACUGGCUUUUGAUCAGCUGCAGAGAGGAAACCUGAUCUUCUAUGAAUCAGACCUGACAGAGUGUGGCAUUGAUAUCAGAGCAGCCUCAGUGUACUCAGGAGUGUUCACACAGAUCUUUAGAGAGGAGAGCGGACUGUACCAGGACAAGGUGUUCUGCUUUGUUCAUCUGAGUGUUCAGGAGUUUCUGGCUGCUCUUCAUGUCCAUCUGACCUUUAUUAAGUCUGCUAUCAAUCUGCUGGAAGAUCAAAUCUCCCAGAAGUGUGAAACAAGAGAAUUUGCAGAGACACAAUUCUAUGUGAGUGCUGUGGACAAGACUUUAAAGAGUCCAAAUGGACACCUGGACUUGUUACUCCGCUUCCUUCUUGGUCUCUCACUGAAGGAAAAUCAGACUCUCCUACGAGGUCUUUUGACACAGAUAGGAUGUGGCUCACAGACCAAGCAGGAAAAUAUCCUGUACAUCAAAGAGAAGAUCAAUCAGAAUCUGUCUGCAGAGAAAAGCAUCAACCUGUUCCACUGUCUGAAUGAACUGAAUGAUCGUUCUCUAGUGGAGAAGAUCCAACAGGCCCUGAGUUCAGGAAGUCUCUCUACAGAUAAACUGUCUCCUGCUCAGUGGUCAGCUCUGGUCUUCAUCUUACUGUCAUCAGAAGAAGAUCUGGAUGUGUUUGACCUGAAGAAAUACUCUGCUUCAGAGGAGGCUCUUUUGAGGCUGCUGCCAGUGACCAAAGCCUCCUGCAAAGCUCUACUGAAUAUCUGUAACCUGUCAGUGAGAAGCUGUGAAGAUCUGUCCUCAGUUCUCAGCUCCCCGUCCUCUAAUCUCAAAGAACUUGACCUGAGUAACAACAACCUGCAGGAUUCAGGAGUGAAGCUGCUGUCUUCUGGACUGAAGAGUUCACAUUGUAUACUGGAAAGUCUCAGUCUAUCAGGCUGUCUGAUCGCAAAAGAAGGCUCUGAUUCUCUGGCCUCAGCUCUAACGUCCAACCCCUCCCAUCUGAGAGAACUCGACCUGAGCUACAAUCAUCUGGGAGAGUCAGCAGUGAAGCUCUUGUCUUCUGGACUGGAGAAUCCAGACUGGAGUCUGGACACUCUCAGGGUGGAGCCUUCAGGAGACCAAUGGUUGACACCAGGUCUGAGGAAGUAUUCCUGUCAACUCACAAUCAACACAAACACAGUACACAAGAAUCUUAAGCUGUCUGACAACAACAGGAAGGUGACAUAUGUUAAGGAGGAGCAGCCAUAUCCUGAUCAUCCAGACAGAUUUGAUGACUGGUGCCCCCAGGUGCUGUGUAGAGAAGGUCUGACUGGUCGCUGUUACUGGGAGGUCGAGAAAAAUGGACAGGUUCACAUAUCAGUGAGUUAUGAAAGAAUCCCAAGAAAAGGGCACAGAGAUGAAAGAAAUGACAUUGAAUUUGGAUUUAACGAUCAGUCCUGGUGUCUCAGCUUCUCUAAACGAGGUUGCUUUGCUUGGCACAACAAUAGAGAAAUGUUCAUCUGCUCUUCCUAUUGUUGGUCUGGCAGAGUAGCAGUGUAUGUGGACUGUCCUGCUGGCACUCUGUCCUUCUACAGAGUCUCCUCUGACACUCUGAUCCACCUCCACACCUUCAACACCACAUUCACUGAACCUCUUUAUCCUGGGUUUGGGUUUGUGUUCAGAACAACAUCAGGGUUUUCGAUCUCUCUUGAUUCUUCAGCUUCUCUGUGUUCAGUUUAGUGUAAAUAGCGUCUUGUCUCAUUAUUUCUCUCUGUACCGUCCAAACUUUAAUGUCACCAUGUCUUUUGAUGAAUGAAUAAGUUAUAAGUGUAAUCAAAUAGCAAACAUCAUUUUAUGGUCUUCAACUUGAACCCUCUCAGGCUCAAAUUAAGUUUUUGUUGCUAAUGCACAAAAGAAUACCUGCAGUGGUACUUCUGAGUAAAAAAAACCUCAUAAAAUAUGUAUGUGGGGUAAUCAGGUUGUUAGCUUUUAACUGUUGCAAAUCUGCAACGCCUGCCUUGAGAGGGUUAAAGAAACCUUUCUAUACUGUCCCAUACUGUCUGGGUAAAAUUUGACCCUUUUUUUUUUUUACAAUAGAGUUCAUUACCCUCAGUACCAUUCGUUUUAGCCUUUGAAUUUUUUAAUUUGCUUUUUGCUAAAGUAGUACCACAAUUACAAUAUUUCAGAACUUAGUGUAUGUUGCUACAGAUGUUUGUACCCUGAGCAUGUUCCAGGUCAGAUUUGAUUAUGCAUUGAAUGAGCAGCAAAUGUUAGCACUUCCAGACAAGCUGUUGAACAGAGAUGAACUAUUCCGAGAAAUAUUCAUAUAUGAAUAUAUGUAUAUUUUCAAUAUAUGAAUAUUGAAAUAUUCAGAAAAUGGUAAAUGGCCUGCAUUUGUAUAGUGCUUUUCUAGUCCAUAGGACCCCAAGACGCUUUACACUACAUUCAGUCAUUCACCCAUUCACACACACAU